AUUCGGACAUUACUGGUUUUAUUGCAGUAGUGAACUGUCAAUGAUGGCAGGCAGAAGUGGAAUGUUUACUGUCGUGAAUAGAUAGAUGUUCAUAGUGGUAGCAGUUAUGUGAUUGGAUACGAAGAAAUGUCAAUGAGUGUCAUCUUGUUUUCUUCUGCAUGUCUGUGCUGCGUGCAUUCACUCUCAUAUGCUUAACCUUGAUAUUCCAUAUGGAGUAUUUUCAAACAAUUCUCGUAAUACUGUGGUGAUGGAUUGCCGCUCUGAUGAUCAAGACACUUGCAAUCCUUGUCUUUGGCGAACAAUUGGUCUGACAACCCAGCUUAUGUACACUGACGGGCAUAUUGUAGAGACAAUACAUCCUCUUCGCAUAUCCUCCACGAUUGAACCACAAAUAACGGCCAUCUUCGCAUAUCGGCCACCACUGGACAGCAAACCACGAUAUUCUUCCUAUUCGCUUAAUACAUUUCCUGUAGCAUAUCCUCAACUCAAUGACAUAUCAAUUAACCGACAGUCAAAUUAUUAUCGAAGGCAACGACAAGGAGUUUGUUAG